GAACCAGGGUUGCUUGCUUGCUUGCAAUCUCUCCUCUCCGCAGUUCCUGUUGCGUGAACGCGAUUAGGAUGUGGUGUGGAUCGUCACCCAUGCGUUUGUGCGGCGUUUGGUCUCGUGCUUCCUUGGAAAAAUGGUUGAGGAGUGUGUAGGUUGUGGCCGGAGAUUGGAGUUCUGUCUUUUCGGGGCGUGGACUCGUGACACCUCUGUUCGCAAUGCUUGUGUAGUGAAGAAUGGAGUCCAAACUAAACCAUGGCUGAUGGUGAGGAAGUCCAGCCUUUGGUGUGCGACAAUGGCUCUGGAAUGGUUAAGGCUGGUUUCGCCGGAGACGAUGCCCCCCGGGCUGUUUUCCCCAGCAUCGUGGGGCGGCCGAGGCACACCGGAGUGAUGGUGGGCAUGGGACAGAAAGACGCGUACGUGGGCGACGAGGCGCAAUCGAAGAGGGGCAUCCUGACUCUGAAGUACCCGAUCGAGCACGGAGUGGUGACGAACUGGGACGACAUGGAGAAGAUCUGGCACCACACGUUCUACAACGAGCUGCGCGUGGCGCCGGAGGAGCACCCGGUGCUGCUGACGGAGGCUCCGCUGAACCCGAAGGCGAACAGGGAGAAGAUGACGCAGAUCAUGUUCGAGACGUUCAACGUGCCGGCGAUGUACGUGGCGAUCCAGGCGGUGCUGUCGCUGUACGCGAGCGGGCGAACGACGGGUAUCGUGCUGGAUUCGGGGGACGGCGUGACGCACACGGUGCCAAUCUACGAGGGGUACGCGCUGCCGCACGCGAUUCUGCGACUGGACCUGGCGGGGCGCGACCUGACGGACGCGCUGAUGAAGAUUCUGACGGAGCGCGGGUACUCGUUCACGACGACAGCGGAGCGGGAGAUCGUGCGGGACAUGAAGGAGAAGCUAGCGUACGUGGCGCUGGACUUCGAGCAGGAGCUGGAGACGGCGCGGAGCAGCUCGUCGCUGGAGAAGAGCUACGAGCUGCCGGACGGGCAGGUGAUCACGAUCGGGGCGGAGCGGUUCCGGUGCGCGGAGGUGCUGUUCAACCCGUCGCUGAUCGGGAUGGAGGCGGCGGGGAUCCACGAGACGACGUACAACUCGAUCAUGAAGUGCGACGUGGACAUCAGGAAGGAUCUGUACGGGAACAUCGUGUUGUCGGGGGGGUCGACGAUGUUUCCGGGGAUAGCGGACCGGAUGAGCAAGGAGAUCACGGCAUUGGCGCCGUCAAGCAUGAAGAUCAAGGUGGUGGCGCCUCCGGAGAGGAAGUACAGCGUGUGGAUCGGAGGCUCCAUCUUGGCAUCCCUCAGCACCUUCCAGCAGAUGUGGAUCGCGAAAUCAGAGUACGACGAGUCAGGUCCAUCAAUUGUGCAUAGGAAGUGUUUCUAGGUAAGAUGUAUGUACCGCUUGACUUUUUCAUGACGCCCCUUCGGUGGCAGCGAGUGCUUGGAUUACGGAGCUUCUGUAGCAGUUGUCACUGGCCUCGGAAUUUGGCGAGUGAGCUCAGAUUAGUUAGUGGCCGAUGUUGCAAAAAGCUUUGUUUUGUAAAAUUAGCAGAUAUCUGGGCGCAUUAUCAGUGGCUAAUAUAUGCAAGUGUUCUCUUUAACUUACCAGAUAUGUGUGGUACAGUCCGACGUCGAUUUAGAUUUGAAUGUUAGGGCCUCCUUGUGUGAAAUAAAAAGCUUACUAAGUUGUUACUGAA